GGACAGAGCUCAGAAGAGCGGAUCACAAUAGACGGGCGGGCGGCACAUUCCGGACCCAGCACCCGCAUCAGCAGCCAUGAAAGCGGCUCUAGACAUCAAGCCGACCCUGACCAUCAUCAAGACCGAGAAGCCGGAGUAUGAGUCGUACUCCUGUGCCGAUAUAGAGUGCGCUGAUGUUCCCCUGCUGACACCCAGCAGUAAGGAGAUGAUGUCUCAGGCUCUUCGGGCCACCUUCAGCGGCUUCACCAAGGAGCAGCAACGUCUUGGCAUCCCCAUUGACCCUCGAGAAUGGACAGACGCUCACGUCAGGGACUGGGUGUCGUGGGCAGUGAACGAGUUCUCCUUGAAGGGUUUAGACUUCCAGAAGUUCCGUAUGAGUGGGGCAGCGCUGUGCGCGCAUGGGAAGGAAUGUUUCCUGGAAUUGGCGCCGGAUUUUGUAGGAGACAUAUUAUGGGAGCACCUAGAAAUCUUACAGAAAGAAGACUCAAAACUGUACCAAACGAAUGAGCUGGCCCCAGCGUACCCAGAGUCCAGAUACAGCUCGGACUACUUCAUCGGUUACGGCAUAGAACACCCACAAUGUGUCCCACCAUCCGAAUUCUCAGAGCCCAGCUUCAUCACCGAAUCCUACCAGACAUUGCACCCUAUCAGCUCAGAAGAACUCUUGUCUCUAAAAUAUGAGACUGACUACCCCUCUCCACUCCUGCGAGACCCCCUACCGCCUGACGCGCUCCAGGGAGACUAUUAUAAUAUCAAACAGGAGGUUGUUUCUCCAGAUAACAUGUGUGUGGGACGGAUCAGCCGAGGUAAGCUCGGAGGACAGGAGUCAUUUGAAAGCAUUGAGAGCCAUGACAGUUGUGACCGUCUCGCCCAGUCCUGGAGCAGUCAGUCUUCCUAUAACGGCCUCCAGCGUGUUCCCUCAUACGACAGCUUUGACUCUGAGGACUACCAACCUGCACUGCCCAAUCACAAACCCAAAGGAACAUUCAAGGACUAUGUGAGAGACCGAGCCGAGUUGAAUAAGGACAAGCCGGUCAUCCCCGCCGCUGCCCUGGCUGGAUACACAGGCAGUGGACCCAUCCAGCUCUGGCAGUUCCUCUUAGAGUUACUAACAGACAAGUCAUGCCAGUCCUUCAUCAGCUGGACGGGGGAUGGCUGGGAGUUUAAACUCUCCGACCCAGAUGAGGUUGCCAGACGUUGGGGCAAAAGGAAAAACAAGCCUAAAAUGAACUACGAGAAGCUGAGUCGCGGUCUGCGAUAUUACUAUGAUAAGAACAUCAUUCACAAGACAGCUGGGAAGCGAUACGUUUACCGCUUUGUAUGUGAUUUGCAAAGCCUCCUUGGGUAUGUUCCGGAAGAGCUUCAUGCAAUGCUAGACGUGAAACCAGACACUGAUGAAUAAGGACACAGGCCGGGGAUGGGGGGGUGAUGGUGAAAAUCAAAGACAAAACCCUAGGGACCCAAACUGCACCCUCCACGCCCACAACGGUUUAUAUGCAUUGGAUGCAGAGGAUUCUGGGAGGCGAUCUUCCAUCAUUUGCGAGUUGGAAAUUGACUGUGAAUCUUGGUUACUGAAGAUCUCAGUCGGAUGUUGCUCACCUUAAGGCUGAAAUGGAAGAGCGACGCGAUGGCUUCUGUGAGCGAGCGUAUUCAUUCCAGACGUUGUGCCAGUAUUUCUCAUGUUUUGCUAAUGAGACCUUUUCCUUAUUGUCGGCGGCCAGCAGCGGAGAGACGGUGAACUCCAGCUUCCCGUAGGUGGAGGAGUGGCGCUGCCAUAUAUAAGGGGUAGAUUUUAUAUUUCAUGUUGUUUUUCAUGGUUUUUGUAUUUGUUUUCAUGAAGCUGAGUGUUUCAACUUACAGAAAUCUUACUCAGGACACAAUUCAUAACUGUAGCAACCAAACGCAGCUCUUCCUUGCACAAGUCUCGCUCCUCGGUCUCACUAAUUUAUGUCUUCUGCUGAGCCUCUGAGACUAUGGUUGCACCCACAUCCUGUUUGCCAUCUUGCGUAUUCCCAGAUUUUGUAUUUUUAUAGAAAAGGAAAAUAUAUGUAUAUAUUUUAUAAAAAAACAAAAAAAAAAACUGUAAAAGAGAAUUGUACAGAUUUAAAUUGCUUUGGUUUUUCCAAUGUGCCAAAGAGGGUUAAUAUGUUCUUUAAUGCUCCGCUAUGACAAUCUUGUGUGUGGCCCUUGAUAUUAGCACAGUAUAGGACGCUGUCAUUUCUUAAGGGUUCCACCUGUAACUAUUUUACUGUCUGGGCAACCAGGUCUACGAGAGGACCAGGAUCUUGUCCCCUUUAAGCUGAAAAGUCUACGGAGGUGGCCAUUGUGGAGAUGCUGCUGCAAUAUCAUUGUCCUCGCCAUCUACGGAAAAAUGAUACAGAAAUGCAGGGCUGCUCUACCCUAUACAUUCCAUGCGUCCUCUGCAGUAACCCUUUGCAAACUGACAGGCAUUGGGAAUACUUGAGUUUGUAAUUUUUUGUAUAUAUAUUUUUUUUUUAUCUAUGAGAAAUAAAGAUGAUUAUUUAAAGCACCAGUUCCUCUUAUGACUUCAGCGGAUAAUGAACACCCUCCAUGUUCAGACAUCUGAAUGUUUGUGUCCAUAAACCUGCCUUCUUUUUCUAUGUAUAAUUGUAAGGUCAGUUUGGCCAGUGCUUCAGUAUCGGGAGAGUAAACUGGUGCUUUAAAAGAGAUUGAUAAGCAUCAGUGAAGCACAGACCGUGAAGGCAAAGAGACUGGUCCUGUUCUUUAGGGUCCAUUCACACGUCCACAUCCGUUUCACAAUUUUGCGGAACGGGUGCGGACCCAUCUGCACUUCCGUUCCGCGGGCUCGCAAAAAAAUAGAACAUGCCCUAUUCUUGUCUGCAGCCGCGGACAAGAAAAGGCAUUUCUAUUAUAGUGCCGGCCGUGUGCGGUCUGUGGAACGCACAUGGCCGGAUCCGCAAUAUGCGGACCACAAAACAGUUGCAGAUGUGUGAAAGGACCCUUAAAGAGAAGAUAUGCUUAUAAAUCACAGGGGGGCAUGAGGACACCAGCUCCAGGGUUGUAUAAAGGAGCAGCAGGACAAUCUGGGAGGGAGGUAUUCUAGCCAAGUGUUACAGGUCAUGGAGUAAUCUGCAAAUCACGACAAUCACACAAUAUCUAGUGUUUUCUACUAUGCAACAAAUGAAUGUUAUUCAAACCCAAAUCCCAGUAUAUAGAGAUGAAUCUGCACAGCAUACAAUGUUUCAACCAGAUCUGUCUCCAUAGUGGACAAUCAGGCCUUACAUGGGGUGGGGG